AUGUUGUCUGAUUCUAAUUUAUUUUCUUCUGGUGGUGGGAAUAAAAUACCUAAAAAAGAUAGUAAACAUAAUCUUUCUGUAGGUGUUUCUGAUGAUAGUGAUGAAAUUUCUCCAGAAGUCGCUUCAGAUGAAGAAAGUGCAUCAAAAAACAAUUAUUUGAAAACUGAUCCUGUACAUGAAUCUGAUAGGAUUCCAGAACUGGAUUCUACUUCAAGCAUCAAAUCAGGAAAAAAUAAGGAACAAAAGAAAAAUAAAAAGUCAAGCGAUAUUGAUUCAGAAAAUCAAGUAGUAAAAAUACAGAAAAGUUCAUCUUCAGAAUCUAUUAAAGUUGAAGAUGAAAUAAGUUCUGAAAAUAAAGAUCCUAAUGAAAAUAAACCAGAUAUAGGAAAAGAAAAGAGCGAUUAUGAAGAUCACAAUUCAAUUUCUCCGAAUAAAAGUAGUGAUUCUGAGGCGAUUGAUUCGCAGAAACAAUCUAAAAUACAACAAAAUGAAAUUUCAGAUAAAAAUAACAAUGAAAACAACAAAGAUCAAAAUGAUAAAGACAAAUCAUCACAUAGCGAUACAUUUAUUACAGAUAAAGAAGAAAAAUCAGAAAAGAAAGGGGAAUCUAAAAAGAAGAAGAAAUCGUCUUCUUCUUCAUCCUCUUCGUCUUCAUCUUCCUCUUCCUCUGACUCAGAUAAGAAAAAGAAAGACAAGAAAAAAGAUAAAAAGAAAAAAGAAAAAGAAAAUAAGCCAGAUGAGAAAGAAAACAAAUCAGAAGCAGGAGACUUACAAAAUGAAAGUGAGAAAAGUGAAAAGAAAGAUAAAUCUGAAUUUGAAGAUUUGAAAGAAGAAAAUAAACCAGAAUCUGAUAAAGAAAAGAGUAUCAAACAAGAGAGUGAUAAUUCUAAAUCAGAUAAAGAUAAAUCUUCUGAAAAAGAUAAAAAUUCAGAAUCUGAAAAAUCGGAUCGUAAAAAAGAGAAGGUGUCAUCUGAUAAAGGAAAAGAGGAUAAAUCUGAUAUUGAUGAGAAGCAUGACUCUGAUUCAGUAAAAUUAGCAAAAUCAGACAAAUCAAGUUCAGAUUCGGAGAAAAAGUCAGAGAAAAGCAAGUCUUCUUCAUCAUCCUCUUCUUCUUCAUCUGAUUCUGACUCAAGCAAAAAGAAAAAUAAAAAAUCAGAUUCAGAUAAAAAAGAAAUAUCAUCUUCAAAAGAAAGUAGAGACAAUGAUGAAAAACCUCGCGAUAUUCCGAAGUCAAAUUCAAACCCUUCUGUGAAAUUAAAGAAAGAUAAUAAUUCUUCUGCCUCAGAAGGAUUUCAUUCCCCAAAGCAAUCGCCAAUAAAAGAAGAAACCAAGGGAGAGAUCAAGGAAUUUGAAAUAUUGGCAGUUCAGGCAGAAACAACUGAAUAUAAUGAUACCGGAGAAGAGCCAACACCAUUUAAAUAUGAAGAAGCAUAUAUGACUACAAAGCCGAAGAUAAAUACUGCUGUUGCUAUGCAAAACCAGCAACAUCAACCUAAAUCAGUUCAUUCAAAAGCUUGUUUAUUGAUCUAA